CCAAAUCUGAGCGCUCCUAACCCAGGUUUUACUCUUGGAAACCCAUCACACUUUCAAGAACCGGGUUUUGAGGAAAGAACCCAAGAUGAAUAACUUUUCUGAGCAUUCUGGGUACUGAAGUGAUGGAAACACUGACCAGAGAGCUGAGUAAAAUGUCUCCUUUGUAGACUUUUUCUUUCAAAUUCCAUGAUUUCAUCGGGGUUUAAAAUGCAGCAUAAAAGCAAAAAGGGGUUAAGCACAACUUUGCUGUUUGCUCUCAUUUUCAUUUGGCAGGCAGCACGUUGCUGUCAGUUUGAAAACGCCUUACUCAGUUGGUGGAAGCAGCCCAAAAUUUCUGUUGCCUUUUCAUUAUUAGUAAUUGUCUUUUUGCAAUGUUUACCAUCUUGUCUGCUUUAUUGUUGGUUACUGCUCAGAGCAGAGGCAGAAAUUCUGAACUUCCUUUCUGCCGUGGUCAUCUUCCACCUAUUUACCACGUUGGAUCCAUUUUUAAGUUCUGAUCCACCCCCUCCAAAGGAAAAAACAAACCCCAAAUCAUUUGAGAAAGAAGGGAACGGAGGGUUUCCCUGUGGUGUGGAGCAGCAGUGCUGUUUGCAGCUGGCACGGUGGAUUUUUGGCAUUUCAGCUCAGCUGGGAGGCGCAGACCUUGCGCAGAGCGGAGCUACAGCUGCAGAAAACCCAAUAUUUGCAACUGGGGCAGAGUCGUGGCCAGUACUAUGGGGGGUCAUUGCCAAAUGUGAAUCAGAUUGGGAACAGUGCCAUGGAUCUCCCCUUCCAGCACAACGGAGCUCUGGCUGAAGCCUUUGGAGCAGUUCCUGUCUCUUUGACCCCGUUCCAGUCGUCAGCCCUGGACACGAGCAGGACCACGCGGCACCACGGGCUGGUGGACAGAGUGUACCGGGACCGGAACCGCCUGGGCUCGCCCCACCGCCGCCCGCUCUCCGUGGACAAGCACGGCCGGCAGGUGGACAGCUGCCCCUAUGGCACCGUGUACCUGUCACCGCCCUCGGACACCAGCUGGAGGAGGACAAAUUCUGAUUCUGCCUUGCACCAGAGCACCAUGACUCCAGCUCAGCAGGAAUCCUUUUCAGGAGGGUCCCAGGACAUGCAGCAGAAAAGAGUUUUAUUGCUGACUGUCCCUGGAAUGGAAGAAACCACCUCUGAUGCAGACAAAACCCUCUCAAAGCAAGGCUGGGACACUAAAAAGACUGGGUCAUCGAGACCUAAAUCCUGUGAAGUUCCAGGAAUCAAUAUCUUCCCCUCAGCCGAGCAGGAGAACACUACAGCCCUGAUCCCUGGCACGCACAACACGGGCGGCUCGCUGCCAGACCUGACCAACAUCCACUUCCCCUCGCCCCUGCCCACGCCCCUGGACCCCGAGGAAUCCUCCUUCCCUGCCCUGAGCAGCUCCAGCAGCACUGGCAACCUCGCUGCCAACCUGACCCACCUGGGCAUCAGCUCUGCCAGCCAGGCAGGAAUGACGACGACGCCGGCCCCGUCCCAGCACCGCCAGCCCAGCGUCAGCCCCCUGUCCUUGGGCGCGGACUCGCGGCGACCUCAGUCCCAGCAAAUGUCCCCCACGCUGUCCCCACUGUCACCCAUCACUCAGGCCGUGGCUAUGGAUGCAUUGUCCCUGGAGCAGCAGCUCCCCCCGUACCCCUUUUUCACCCAGACCAGCUCCCAGCAGCAGCAGCAGCCAGCAGUGGCCAGCUCCCUGCCCCAGACCCCCCCUCUGCUGCAGAGCUCGGCGCUGCAGAGGGGCCCCCAGCUGCCCCCUCUGUCUGUCACGGUACCUUCCACCAUCCCCCAGUCACCUCCGGGCAGCCAGAGCCAGCCCUCCAUGGGAAUUGACAUCAACUCGGCCUCACUCCAGCAGUACCGCAGUAAUGCUGGCUCCCCAGCCAACCAGUCUCCCACCUCUCCUGUCUCCAAUCAAGGCUUCUCUCCUGGCAGCUCCCCUCAACAUUCUUCCAUGCUGGGCAGUGUUUUUGGGGACUCCUAUUAUGAGCAGCAGAUGACAGCUAGGCAGGCUAAUGCCCUCUCCCACCAGCUGGAGCAGUUCAACAUGAUCGAGAACGCCAUCAGCUCCAACAGCCUGUACAGCCCCUGCUCCACCCUCAACUACUCGCAGGCUGCCAUGAUGGGACUGACAGGCAGCCACGGCAGCCUGCAGGACUCGCAGCAGCUCAACUACUCCAGCCACAGCAACAUCCCCAACAUCAUCCUGACAGUGACAGGAGAAUCCCCCCCCAGCUUAUCAAAAGAACUGACCAGCUCCUUGGCAGGAGUGGGGGACGUCAGCUUCGACACGGAUUCCCAGUUCCCUCUGGAUGAACUCAAAAUUGACCCUUUGACCCUGGAUGGACUUCACAUGCUCAACGACCCCGACAUGGUCCUCACCGACCCCGCCACAGAGGACACGUUCCGCAUGGACCGGCUGUGACCCUGGGGGCUCCAGCCCCACCCUGGGGGCUCCAUCCCCACCCUGGGGGCUCCAUCCCCACCCUGGGGGCUCCAGCCCAGCCCGAGGGUCCAUCCUGGAGGGAGCAGCUGCUCCGUGUCCCUGUGCCAUGAGUUCCCCCAGCUUGUUGUUCUGAGCUUGCCGCGCUGCCCAGCCCCGUCCCAGCCGCGCCGCCCCCGAGCCGCUCGUUGCCGUCCAGCAGUCAGGAGUUGUCCGGUUUGUCCCGGUGGUUUUUCCCGGUUUGCCAUCGGCCUUUUCCUCUCCAGAGCCCCUCCCUUGCCCCAGCUGGGCCCUGGCCGUGUCCCCGUGUGCCUCAGGAGGGCUUUGGGCAGCGGAGCAGGGCCGGGAGGUGCUGGCAGAGCCCGGGCUGCGGGGCUGGGGGCAGCAGAUCCCUGCGGCGCCGCCUUCCCUGGGGCUGGGACUCUGCUCGGUGACACUGCCAGCCCUCCAGGUGCCCUGCUCGGCCCCAGGUGUGUCCCCAGCCUCUCGUCCCUCCCUCCUGCCCCAGCAAUCCGGCCGCCAGGCCCAGAAAUCCACUUCAAACACUAUUUUUUUUCCAAGCUUUUUAUGGUUUUGUUUUGUUUCGGUUUUGUUUUUUAAAUGUAUAUGUAAUAUAUAUCUAUUUCUAUAUAUGGCUGCAUAUAUAGAGAGCAUUUCUGAGCACACAUGAAAGUUCUAUAAUUCAUUACUUGAUUAGACAGAGGAUCAGAACAUCUUAAAGCAGCUAAAAAAAAUAGAGACUAACCUGCAUAAUCCUAAUUUUUACUUUGUGAGAGAUUCCUGGGCAACAGGAAGGGCAUUUCCAUAGCAAUGCCAGGCUCGUAGAAUCAUGAUUUUUUAAUUUUUUAUUCUUAUUCAUUACUUAUUCUGUUACUUAUUUAUGAUUUUUUUUGGUUGUUGUUGUUGUUGUAAUUUCUUUUUUUUUUUUAAUUUUAUUUAAAUAUUUGGAUAUUAGGAAAGUAGCUCAACUACAUACAGCCAAUGGAAGCACUCUACAUAAUAUUUGUACAGUACUUUUUUUUUUUUUUUGUGGUUUUAUUCCAGAAAUAUAUUAUAUAUAUUAUAUAUGUAGGUAUUUUUAAACUAACUGGAAUUUUAAACAGAUGUUAAGCAGGAAUAAGGAAGCCUAAGGCAAGUUAGAUAUUUUCCUUUGAAACAGGCAAAAUAGGGUGGUUGGAACUUAAAAAUUCCUUCAUUCACCCAGGGGAAAAAAAAAUCUCUUGCUCCACAAUGACCAGAAUUGAAUCCUCCAAAAUUCUGUUUAAUUAAAUGCAGAAUUGAUUAUUUCUGAUGGUCCUUGUGGAUAUUUUGUGCUGCAAAUUAAAAAAAAAAAAAAAUCCCAUCCAGAUUCCUCCGGCUGGGAAUUGGGGAUUUCACUCUGGCUGGAGGGAAGGUGAAUCCCAGAUUUCUGGGAAUGAAUGGAAUGAAAGGACACUGCUGGAACAUCCUCCUUCCACUGGGAUCUGCAGGGGGAAAGAGAGGCAGGAAUUCAGCAGGAAUGAGCAGGAUUGGAGUCAUUCAUUAACUAAUGAACUCACCCCGAGGCUGGGCUGCUCCUGCAGGGGGAGGCGCCUCCAGUCCCUAAAAUCCUCCCAGUUCCCAGUUCCCAGCUGGGGUUGGUUCACCCCUCCUGCCCCCCUGGAUUUCUCUCUGCCUCCAGCCCAGGGAAUUCCCAAUCCCAGCCCCAAAGCUUCUCCUCUUUGGGAACGGCCUGGGCUGCUCUUAACGAGUUCCCCCGCAGUUAAUGAGAGUCCCCCUGCAAUUAACGACUCCUCAGUGCUCCACAGAGUUCUCCUAAUGAGUUAUACCAAGUUUCUGUGUGCUUCCAGAAAUCCUGGGCUGCCCUGCUGAGGUUCCUGCCUGCUCUGCUGAGCAGGAGCAGGGGCAGGAUCUCCCCAGCCUGGGGUGUCCCCUCACCUCCUGUGCCAUUUGUUGACCAUUUGCACUAAAAAUGUGGAAUUUUUUCUUGGCUUCCCUGUGUCUUUUUUAUUUCUUUGGUUUGUUGGUUUUUUUUUGGUUUGGUUUUUUUUGUUGUUGUUGUUUUAUUUUAUCCUUCUCCACACCCUCCAGAGGUUUCCUGGCAUCUCUUGGGAAUGUUUGGGGAUUUUUUGGCAGGGUUUGAGCUCGGUAGGACACGUUCACUCCUGGUGGCUGCUCCUUUCAGAUCCCUCACGCUUUCUCAGUUUAAGGAGGAGAGAAAAGGCAGCUCAAACAGGAGGAAACCUGGAAAAAAACCAGGAGGAAUUUGGGCCCAGGUGACUCGGAGCCCUUUGCUGAAGGUGCAGUGAGAGCUUUGUGCAGCUCCCUGUGGGAAUUGUGUUUCUCUCCUGCUGGAAUGACUCCCGUGCAUGUGCAGUCCUUGUGUGUGCUGGGUUUGUGACACCAGGGUCACUGAGGGGAGCAGGAGCUGGGGUUCAGUUUGUGACACCAGGGUCACUGCAGGAGCAGGAGCUGGGGUUCAGUUUGUGUCACCAGGGUCACUGAGGGGAGCAGGAGCUGGGGUUCAGUUUGUGUCACCAGGGUCACUGCAGGAGCAGGAGCUGGGGUUCAGUUUGUGACACCAGGGUCACUGCAGGAGCAGGAGCUGGGGUUCAGUUUGUGUCACCAGGGUCACUGCAGGAGCAGGAGCUGGGGUUCAGUUUGUGACACCAGGGUCACUGAGGGGAGCAGGAGCUGGGGUUCAGUUUGUGACACCAGGGUCACUGAGGGGAGCAGGAGCUGGGGUUCAGUCUGUGACACCAGGGUCACUGAGGGGAGCAGCAGGAGCUGGGGUUCAGUUUGUGACACCAGGGUCACUGAGGGGAGCAGGAGCUGGGGUUCAGUUUGUGACACCAGGGUCACUGCAGGAGCAGGAGCUGGGGUUCAGUUUGUGACACCAGGGUCACUGAGGGGAGCAGGAGCUGGGGUUCAGUUUGUGUCACCAGGGUCACUGCAGGAGCAGCAGGAGCUGGGGUUCAGUUUGUGUCACCAGGGUCACUGCAGGAGCAGGAGCUGGGGUUCAGUUUGUGACACCAGGGUCACUGAGGGGAGCAGCAGGAGCUGGGGUUCAGUUUGUGACACCAGGGUCACUGAGGGGAGCAGGAGCUGGGGUUCAGUUUGUGACACCAGGGUCACUGAGGGGAGCAGGAGCUGGGGUUCAGUUUGUGUCACCAGGGUCACUGCAGGAGCAGGAGCUGGGGUUCAGUUUGUGACACCAGGGUCACUGAGGGGAGCAGCAGGAGCUGGGGUUCAGUUUGUGACACCAGGGUCACUGAGGGGAGCAGGAGCUGGGGUUCAGUUUGUGACACCAGGGUCACUGAGGGGAGCAGGAGCUGGGGUUCAGUUUGUGUCACCAGGGUCACUGCAGGAGCAGGAGCUGGGGUUCAGUUUGUGACACCAGGGUCACUGAGGGGAGCAGGAGCUGGGGUUCAGUUUGUGACACCAGGGUCACUGAGGGGAGCAGGAGCUGGGGUUCAGUCUGUGACACCAGGGUCACUGAGGGGAGCAGCAGGAGCUGGGGUUCAGUUUGUGACACCAGGGUCACUGAGGGGAGCAGGAGCUGGGGUUCAGUUUGUGACACCAGGGUCACUGCAGGAGCAGGAGCUGGGGUUCAGUUUGUGACACCAGGGUCACUGAGGGGAGCAGGAGCUGGGGUUCAGUUUGUGUCACCAGGGUCACUGCAGGAGCAGCAGGAGCUGGGGUUCAGUUUGUGUCACCAGGGUCACUGCAGGAGCAGGAGCUGGGGUUCAGUUUGUGACACCAGGGUCACUGAGGGGAGCAGCAGGAGCUGGGGUUCAGUUUGUGACACCAGGGUCACUGAGGGGAGCAGGAGCUGGGGUUCAGUUUGUGACACCAGGGUCACUGAGGGGAGCAGGAGCUGGGGUUCAGUCUGUGACACCAGGGUCACUGAGGGGAGCAGCAGGAGCUGGGGUUCAGUUUGUGACACCAGGGUCACUGAGGGGAGCAGGAGCUGGGGUUCAGUUUGUGUCACCAGGGUCACUGCAGGAGCAGCAGGAGCUGGGGUUCAGUCUGUGUCACCAGGGUCACUGCAGGAGCUGGGGUUCAGUCUGUGACACCAGGGUCACUGCAGGAGCAGGAGCUGGGGUUCAGUCUGUGUCACCAGGGUCACUGCAGGAGCAGGAGCUGGGGUUCAGUCUGUGUCACCAGGGUCACUGCAGGAGCAGGAGCUGGGGUUCAGUUUGUGACACCAGGGUCACUGAGGGGAGCAGCAGGAGCUGGGGUUCAGUUUGUGACACCAGGGUCACUGAGGGGAGCAGGAGCUGGGGUUCAGUUUGUGACACCAGGGUCACUGAGGGGAGCAGGAGCUGGGGUUCAGUUUGUGACACCAGGGUCACUGCAGGAGCAGGAGCUGGGGUUCAGUUUGUGACACCAGGGUCACUGAGGGGAGCAGGAGCUGGGGUUCAGUUUGUGACACCAGGGUCACUGAGGGGAGCAGGAGCUGGGGUUCAGUUUGUGUCACCAGGGUCACUGCAGGAGCAGCAGGAGCUGGGGUUCAGUUUGUGACACCAGGGUCACUGAGGGGAGCAGGAGCUGGGGUUCAGUCUGUGACAGCAGGGUCACUGAGGGGAGCAGGAGCUGGGGUUCAGUUUGUGACACCAGGGUCACUGCAGCAGCAGGAGCUGGGGUUCAGUUUGUGUCACCAGGGUCACUGCAGGAGCAGGAGCUGGGGUUCAGUUUGUGACACCAGGGUCACUGCAGGAGCAGGAGCUGGGGUUCAGUUUGUGACACCAGGGUCACUGAGGGGAGCAGGAGCUGGGGUUCAGUUUGUGACACCAGGGUCACUGCAGGAGCAGGAGCUGGGGUUCAGUUUGUGACACCAGGGUCACUGAGGGGAGCAGGAGCUGGGGUUCAGUUUGUGACACCAGGGUCACUGAGGGGAGCAGGAGCUGGGGUUCAGUUUGUGACACCAGGGUCACUGAGGGGAGCAGGAGCUGGGGUUCAGUUUGUGACACCAGGGUCACUGCAGGAGCAGGAGCUGGGGUUCAGUUUGUGACACCAGGGUCACUGCAGGAGCAGCAGGAGCUGGGGUUCAGUUUGUGACACCAGGGUCACUGCAGGAGCAGGAGCUGGGGUUGCUCACGGGAGGAGGCUCAGGCAGGGAGCUCCUGCCCGGUUUUUUAACUCCGUGUGUAAAUAAGAGCUCUUUGUUUCUUAGACUUGUAAGUAGACCUUGAAAAUCGCCUUAAUUUCAAACCAACACACCUUGGAUGCAGCUGUCACAGUUAGGGACCCUCCUGCAGGGAGAAAUCCAGGUUUGAUCCCUCGGGAAGGAGCAGGGAUGUCCGUGGGAGUGCUGGGUGUGGCAGGGUGGGCUCCAGCUGUGGCCAGGGAGAAGCUGCUUCUCCUCCCGACCCUGUGAGAGCCAGGGGUUCCAGCAGCUCCUGCCUUUCCCUUCCCCAGGGGACCCUUUCCUGUGGGAGCUGCCCCAGAGCAUUCCCCCUUUCUCACUCCUUCAAAUUCCACUUUUUGUGGCAUCAGGCUGAUCUGGAAGCAAACCCAGAGAGAAGCAUGGAGCGGAUCCCAAGUGUUGCCAGAACAAAUAAUCUGCUUUUAUUCCGAGUGUAACAGCCCUGUGCUCAUUCCAGUGUCUGGGGCUCCCUCCCCAGGGGUGGGAGCAGAAAGGGAAAACCAUCACUUAGUAAAAAACAAAACAAAAAUCAAGGAGAAAAUGGUGUUAAUUGCUAUUAUUGCUGAGUUUGAUUUCAGUGGUGGUGAAGCUGUCUGCUGUCUCCAGGGGUGACUGCCCCACCCUCCCUCCGUGUUUUUCUAUCUCCACAAGGAAUUAACCCCCAAUUCCCAAGCUAGACUGUUGCAUUUGCCAAUACAAUGGGGAAGAGCAGGAAUAAACCCUCGGUGCAUCCAAAACUGUGAUUUUUUUUUCCAGCAGCCAGCCCGGCCCUGGCGCUGGGGGGGCUGGGGGAGGCUCCUUUCCCUGUACAUAGAUUCCCCCUCUGGGCAUGCCUGGCUCCCACGGCUUCUGCAUGGCAGGGAGCGCUUGCCAGCCCCCCCUGUGCCCCCAGCCACGGCCUGGGCUGGGCUCUGCCCCCCUGGGCUGAUUCCUCAUUCUCCAGAGGGGAAAACCUUUCCAGGAGCGGCCGCGAACCCCGGGGAGGUGCCGUGGGUUCUUUGAGAUUUGGUUCUUAGGAGCGCUCGUGGGUGAACCUUCAGCUCAGAGGGAGGUUGGCUUUGAUGGUCCUGGGGGUCUUUUCCAACCUUGAUUUGGUCGUUCCUUCCCAACCUGAAUUCCAGAAUUCUUUUCCAACCUUAAUUUGGUUUUUCUUCUCCCACCUUGAUUCGGUCGAUCUUUUCCAACCCGAAGUUGGUGAUUCUUUUCCAAACUUGAACUCCAGGUUCUUUUCCAGCCUUAAUUCAAUGAUUCCUUUCCAACCCUGAUUCAGUGGCUCUGUCCCAACCUCAAUUCCACGAUUCCAAGAGCAAAACCUGCCCUGAGUUUACCUAAAAGCAGUUUACCUAAAUUUCCCUCAAAAACGAACCCUCGGACCUAAAACCUUGAAUUUCUGCCAAAACAACAAUUAAGGUUUGAGCUUAAUUCCCUUAAGGAAAGACCCUGGAAACCCCCUCUGGACAGGAAGGAAGCAGGAGGGCCCCUCCUCCCCCCGCAGAUCCCGACCUUGGCUGGUUUUUUUCGGGAGAAACCCCAAAACCAGCGCGUUUAUUCCUCGGAGCAACGGCCCCCCCGUCACUGUGAUGGCAAUGUGAAAGCGCAGGUAGCCUUUGUUACGUGUGUCUGUCCUUUUUAAAAAACAACCAGGAAAAAGAAAAAACCCAAAAAAACCUCCCUCCCUCUUAGAAUUAAACUUUGUAGUGUUCCUGUUCUUUGUAUUUUGAGUUGCAUCUUAUUUAUACGGCGCAGUGUAGGCAUGGAUUGCAUGUCGGUUUUCUAUGCGGGCACCACGACAUUCUGACUGUGUAUUAUAAAUCAUUUUUACCUUUUUAAACAGGGAAAACAAAAAAAAGAGAAACCAACAAAACAAAACAAAACAAAAAAAAUAACAACACCACAACAGAAUCAUUGUGUGGAAUUUCUAUACUGCAAAGCCAAACACUACAUGGAGUCCUCUCUUGGUUUGUGUUAUUUAUUUUCCGAGGCGGUUGGGGCGGGCGGGGGGCGGGCGGAGCCGUGUGUGCGUUGCCUUAUGUGGGCUUGACCAAUUUUAUCAAAAUAAAGGCCUGAAGGGGUAAAA